AUGUCGGCGCCACAAAGACCAGAGCAGGGACAUUCCCGGCAUCCUUCGAGCGACACUAGGCGUGUCGCGAUGCCACGGCGUAGCACCAGAGGGCCUCUGGAUAUGGAUUCAGCCGCCGUACCGACGUAUCAGCCACCGACACCAGCAAUACAAACCGCAUUACCGCCUUCACCGGCACCGUCGCCAAUGCCUAUCCGAACAGCAUCGCCAGCCUCAUCUCUUCUCUCUCCUGUCCAGCAAAACCGCCCACCAACACGUACGCGAUCAAAAAGUCCAGCAUCACGCACAAUACAAUUGGAUCUCUCACUUCUCCUUCGUCCUUCCCUGUACGCGCCAGUACCGACAACCCAAAUCGCGACACCAUUCCUAGACACCUCACACCAACCAGCCCCAGACACGGAUUUAGAAACUUUACUGUCGCAUAGACGUUUCAUUCACGCAGCAGACAAAGCAACAGAUAUAUUGACUUCCGGCUCCAUUUCUCCAUCAAACACUCAACAAAUACUGCAACUCCUAUACACGCGAUUCGCCUGUCUCGUUCUCUGCAACCAAGCUACCCUCGCCGCAAAAGAAGCAAAACCACUCUCCGAUCUGCUGGCGAGAGAAAGCAGCACAUAUACCCGCCCUCACCGCGAAAUCUUCCUUGAGCAAAUUCCAUGGUCUUUGCGAUUAUUGCUGUUGAAACUCCAAGUUUUGGGCACCGCGGAUGCUCAUAGGAGAGCUAUUAUGGGGUUAUACGCUUUAUCUUCCGAAUGUAGGACGUUGGCGCAAAAAGCCAGGGUUGACAAAGAUGAAGAGGCGUUUAAAAUGUGGAAGACCAGAUUAAGUGAUUUGGGCAUCAGGGUCGCUGGUGAACUUGUCGAAAUGGGUGAAUUGGAAACAGCAAGACGACAUCUGGCAACAAUAACCCCUGGACCCGCAACCCCCGAAGCGGAAAUGCUGGAAAUGUGUAUACGCAAAACAUUACUGUUGCUUAAAAUAGGGGAUACGAAAGCAGCGGAGGAAUGCCUUGCCACCACCACCACCAUCACGACUUCAUCCUCGGAAUCACAUACAGACCUCGACGAAAAUCUGCUCAUCCAACAAAAAGUCCUUUCCGCUCUAACCGCCCUCUGCACAUCCUCCCCCACCACCGCCGUCACACAACUCCAAUCCCUAGCCACCACAUACCCAUCAAACCCUCUAAUCCUCCACAACCUCGCCAUCGCAAACAUCUACUCCAACAACGUCAGCACCGCCUCUUCAAUCCUGGAAUCCCUGGUUUCGGAAACGGAAAUCGUGUUUCCGACAUUGCUGUUUAAUUUAUCCACCGUGUUUGAAUUGAGGACUGAAAGGGCUAGGGAGAGGAAAUUGGGAUUGGUGGACGCGGUUGUGGAGGUGGGGGUGCGAGGAGGGGGUGGGCAGGUGGGUGGGUUUGAGAGGGGGGUGGGGGAGUUUAAAUUGACUUGAUUGAAUGGAAGAAGAAGGGAAAGGGAAGGGGAAAUCAGGAUGGGGGGUAUGUUGGAUUUGUCACGAUGACAGAAGUGGUGAUGUGUAAAGACAGAGGAGCAUUCUCUAUUUUUCUCAAAUGCCGAAUAUUAUCUAUUUCAUUUCAUUUCUUUUUUGGGGGGACCUACGAGAUGCAUAAGAGGUACUCAAAGACUAAUUCUGUCAUAAAACAUAACACAUCCACUC